AUGAACGAUAUACACGCACCGACAGUCGCAUCGGGCCCCAGUAGCACACAGGCGAAUGGCGCAGAAAGAGAGAAAUUGUCGUUGCCAGAGCUCAUUGCUGAGAAGGAUCGCGUCUGGAGCGAACUGUCCGCACUGGGUUCAGUCCUAGACAGCCAUGGAGUCAACAUGAGCACUCCUUUGACCACAUUCGAUGGCUACCCUCGUCCCGAUCUCGACAUUGCCCAGAUCCGCACAACACGCGCCCGUAUUAUCCCUCUGAAGAACGACUACAAAGAUUUGAUGGCUCGUAUCGAGAAGGCUAUGCACGCACACUGGGAGAAUGCCGCUGCAGCACCACUACCGCCACCAUCGGCGGUAGCAGCACGACCCUCAGCCCAGACUACUGAAGCAGCAGCACGAAGCUCGCGCGUCGCAUUGGAAGCACCCUUUGCCAAGGUCAAUAGUGUUGUCGCGUCAUCACCAGCAGCCAGAGCAGGACUCAAGCCUGGCGACAAAAUCACAAGAUUUGGAGAUGUGGAUUGGAUGAAUCACGACAAGCUGAGCAAGGUAGCCCAGACGGUACAGCAGAGUGAGGGUGUUGGCAUCACGGUCAAAGUCAUCAGGCCUGCUGCGACAGGUGCUGGCGAGCAGAGACUGGAGAUGCAGCUCACACCGCGACACAACUGGGGAGGAAGGGGCAUGUUGGGCUGUCAUCUGUUGCCUCUGUGA